UUAGUCCAAUUUCUCUUCCAGUGCUGCAAAAUGCAUUAGUUCCUAUGGGGAAGUGUUGGGAAAUACAGUGCGAAAAAAACGUAAAACAAAAGAAAAUUUAGGAAAAUUUACGGCAGGAUUUUCCGUUUGCAGCGACCAGGAGACGAAACGUCGGUCCUCCCUGCAGCUGUCCAAAGCGAGUCACAACGGAGAAGCGCCAGUUGGAGGAGUAACACGGCAACGAAACCGCUGGAUAGUCCGACACAGCUUUCCCCUUUUGGAAAAAGCAAGCCCCUUGGAGUGUGAUUCUCCCCGAUUUUGUUGCUGCUCUCACACGCCCCCACUACGCCGCCCACGACCCCCCCCUGGCCGGGUACGGUGGUCAGGCUUAAUCAGCAAAAAAACACCCAAGACCCGAAAAUAAAAUAAAACGGAGCGGUACAAAGAGGGAAACGGGUAGAGGAGGGGCUGAGCCUGUGAGUAAGCGGAAACGGAAGCCUCUGCGGGAGCGGCGGCUUCGGCGGAAGCGGCAAAGAGAUGCAGUAUAGGCCACCAUGGGUUCGCAGACCUUGGAGAUACUGCGCCAGGGCGUGUGGGCCUCGCUGACCGGCGGCUACUUCUACGAUCCGCACCAGGGCGUCUUCUGCAACGUGGUGCACCUGUACCUCUGGCUCUACCUGCUCUGCUCGCCCUUUGUGGCCUACCUGUACUUUCCCAGCACAUGGCUAACAUGGUGCCUGUACUGCAUGCUCACCAGCCUUACCAUUCUAAUGGUAAAGCUGGCCAAUCUGGCACUGCAUCGGCUUUACGACCGGGCGCAGACCAUGUCCGAGGUCAAUCUGAAGGGGCAGUUCUUCAAGGUCACCAAGGAGACGGAGCCCCGACACGAUGACGAGGGAGGAAUCGAGAUGAAGGUCAUCCGCCCGGGUGGAUCACGCAUCUCCGUGGAGCAGGCCAUCAAUGAGGCCAGCGAGGAGAACAGCAUCAUGUCCAUUGACAAUGUGAACAGCAUUAUUGAUCUCAAGGUCGAUGUGCAUCGUAAAAAUAGUUCCGAGUCCAUCGAGCUCAUGUUCUACGCCCCCUCCAUGCUUUCCGGUGGCAGCCAGCAGGAUCAGCAAUCGCUGGCCGGCUCUGCCAGCGUCAGCAAGUCAAUACGCAGCGGUGGAGGAGCUGGAGCGGGAGCGGGGGCGGCAGGGGCCACGAGUGCUGCCGCCCAGGCGGAUCUCUUCAAUAAGUACCUAACAGUCUACCCGGAAGUGGUGGAGGCUGCCGGCAGCAGUGCUGGCAGUGCCGACGGCGGCAGCAGUGGCGGUGACAGUCGUUCCGGAGCACCGGCAGUCGGUAUACCAGCAGCCGGAGGAGUGGCACCCGUUCGCACUGGUCACUUGUCGCGAAAGUGCUCCGAGGUCUUCAGUCGGCGACAUCGACGGCGGCUAGAGCGCCAGAGCAGUCUGGACACGGCGGCGGCGUCGGCCAACUCGGCCGGAGAGCACAAGCUAAUGCGGAAUCAGUCGGACACGAUGGCGGCACCCUCGUUCCUGCACUCUCAGCCGGCAAAUAAGGCGCGCGGCCAGGCCAAUCCCCGCCAGCACUUUAUAGCCAGCACCCCGGGCACGGGGGGAGGAGAUGCUGCGCCGUCCUCCUCCUCAACGGGAGCCGCGGUGGUAGUGAUUGCUCCUGCCUCGAAUUCCUCCGCCAAUCCAGGGCGGUCCUCGCGCCUGCAGCGCCACCGGAGCUCAGAGACGCACGACGAGAGGUUGAAGCACCAAAACCGUGGACUGGGCCGGCCAGUUCUGCUACAUCCCCAGGAGAUUGCGGCCAGCAGUAUAGGAGCUCUGGCCGCGAUUGGCGGUGGCGGCGGAAGCGGCAGCAGUGGCGGCAACGACGUAGAAGACAUGGAGCUGGGUCUGGCCAGGAAUGCGGGAAGCAGCGGUGUGGCUUUGCAGUCCUGGAUAUUAGACUCUUCAUCGGAUGUGUACCUGGAAGACGAUAGCUACACCAAAUCGGAUCUGGGCAUUGAGCAGCCGCAUCAGCCGGCAUCGUUCCGUGGCCAGCAUCACCAUCAUCACCACCACCACCACCACCUGCACCACCAUUUGGGCGGAGCCAUUAUCCGCAAGGAUCCCACCAGCACCAUGUCUGCGCUUCAGCUGGCGGGGGGGGCUCUGCCGGCAACGAGUGGAGGAGGAGCCGGCGGCGGGGUGGGUGGAGCGGCAGGAGGAGGUGGCUCUGCUGCCGGAAUGAAGCGACGCAGACAUUCCAAUGCCACCAGCUUUCACAAACAAGGUUCCAAAUCAACAUUCAUCAGCGGCGUAGCGACGGGAGGAGGCUCUGCUGGAGCGGCGCCAGGUGGAGGUGCUGCAGGCGGAGGCAGCAAUGAGUCUGGCGGAGUGAGGCGCAUCAAGAGCGCAGCUCUGGAGGUUCUGUGCCCGCAGCCCUCGGUCUCCAACCUCAGCCCGCAUCCGAACAGCGUGGAGGCCAUUUCCGGACAACAACAGAUGCGGAAUCCCCUGCCACCGCCCAGCAAGUGUCUGGUGAGGAAUAAGCACCUAAGUCUCUAUCCCUCCCAGGGCUAUGGGGACGGGAAUGCGCCUCCAGCCGCAUCAGGAGCAGCACCAGCCACGGCAGCGCCGCCGGCGGCACCGGGAGGAGCACCUGCCGGCGGUAGCACCAACAGCAGCCUGUUCUUUGGCAGUUCCAGUGCCUGUGGCUCCACCACGGCACUCAUCGAGCCACCCGUGUAUCCUAUUGUGGAGCAUUCCGACGAGAAGACUGCGCACGAGGAGCCGGAGCAGAGCGGCCUGGACCAGGGCAACGCCGACGACGACGACGAGGUGGACGAUGUGCCCAUCCGUCGACGGACACGGGCCCUUGGCUGCAGUCAGACCCACCACAGCGCCGAGUCGGACGUGGGCGGCAUCCUGGCCGACGACGACGACGUGUUCAAGGACUUCGACGACAACAUGGACUACAUAUUCAACGAACUCAAGCAGACGCACCGGCAGCUGGACGAGGAUCUGAGGGCCUGCGAUCUGCACCAGAACCACCCCCAUCACCAUUCCCACCACCUGCACAAAAUGUCGGAGGCGAUCCCGGCCGGAUCAGUUGCUGCCGGGGGCCUGGAAGACGACGACGAGGAGACGGAGGACAACAAUACGGGUUCCAGGUCGCCGCUGCUCAGCGAUCGCAACCGUCAGCCAGCUACGCUGCGCGAGAUUCAGGCCGACAAGCAGCUCCGCCAGGAACUGACGCACCACCAGCAGCAGGAGCAGCAACCUCAGCAGUCCGGCGCCAAUCCUGGAUCCAUCCAACCGCCACCACCUCCGCCGGCACCCAUUCGCAGCGAGGCGGACUCCGGCUGUCCGUCCAGCGACUGCGAGCAGGUCAGUGCCAGCUCCAAGGAUCAGCUGCUGGCGGGAAUGGAGCCGGAGCAGCAGCGCUCCCUGGCGCAACUGGAUGAGGAGCAGCCCUGUACCUCCAAGAUGGCCGCCAAGAGUCUGGGAGCCAUUCCCAAGGUGGUCAAGUACCGAGAAGUGGAUGAACUGAGGCGGCGACGACGCGGUGGCUCGCCAGCGGAUGCUGGUGGGGAUUCCUGCGGCAAUGAGUUCGCCCUGGUGAAGCAGCAGUCGAAGCUGGCCUCCCGCAACUCCUCCUCCUCGAACUCCACGCACAGUGUCAGCCUGACGGACAGCCUCACGGCGGACAUCCACAAGAUGCUCUGGCUAAUGCACGGCGGAGCUGUGGACGAGCGCGGCAGACCCAUAGCCGGUAUAUCGGCGGACGGAACACCCAUUCCGGCGAGCAGCAGCCUGGUGCCGCCAAACAUGUCCAGCGCCCACUUCCAGUUCUACCAGGACGCCAUCCAGGCGCUACAGGGAGCCCACUUCACAGCCGGCGGCCUCAGUGUGGAGCACAUGAACAACAUCGAGCGGGCGCUGGCCCGGGAUAAGUUGCGGCUGGACGCCAAGAUCAUGUGCGAGCAGCUGGCGGCGGCAGCAGAGGCCAACUCCGGGAGCCGUGGAGGAAGUGCCAACACACCGCUGCAGACGCAGCAGCAGGUGGGCAUGUUGAUGGGCGGCUCCCGGGCAGCCUUCUCGGUCCAGGGACUUCUUAACCAAAUCCGCAGCGAGCGGCAGGUGCAACGCAACCUGGACGCAGUGCAGCAGCUGAGAGUGGCGGUCGCGGCGGUGGCGGCCAAUGCCAGUGAGGCGGAGUCCGGAUCGGCGUCGGGCCUGGGCAUCGGAGGGCCUGGCGGCGGAGGCUCCAGUGGCGGUGGUGGCGGAGGAGUUCUCAGUGCCCUGGGACUGGCCAAUCACCCCAGCAACCAGAUCAGCCAAAUCAGCCAGUUCCCCAACCUCAGUCAGUUCCCUCAUCUCAGCCAGCCAAUCCCGAAUGUGGACGGACACCUUGCCCCGUACUGCGACUACUGGCGGCCGGCGUGCCUCCUGUCAGCGGCGGAGAAGCCGGCAGCGCCCAAGAGCUUCUACAAGUACCGGUUCAAGUGGUGCGGGCAGGAGCACGAGUUCAAGAUCGCCAUGGACCGGCUGGAGCUGCUGGCCCUGUUCGACAGGGAUCUACACUGGAUGCACGUGCUCCUGGCCAGUCUGCUGUGCACGCUGGUGGCCUGUCUGGGUGCGGCGAUCCUGCAACACGACUACUACAAGGAUCUGUGCGCCCUGCUCUUCUGCGCGGUGAUUGCCGGUGCCCAGUACUCGCUGGUGAAGAGUGUCCAGCCGGAUGCAGCCUCUCCAGUGCAUGGCUUCAACAAGACGGUGGCCUAUUCCCGGGCCAUAUACUUCUGCUUGGGCGGCGGCCUGCUGUUGCUGCUGAAGCGCCUGGACACGGACUACGCGGAGCGCCCGCCAGACCCUGUUGUGUUCUUCGGGAUGCGCUACUCACCGGCCGACGUAGUGGCCCUGCUCCUCCAGGCCCUUUACGUUCUCCUACUCUGCUUUCCGGUCAUCUUCUCGGUGGGCCUGUGUCCGCAGAUCAACACGUUCCUCAUGUAUCUCCUGGAGCAGAUCGACAUGCACGUCUUUGGCGGCAAUGCGGCCAGCAGUUUGUUGGGCUCCUUUCUCUGCGUCGUGCGCUCGGUGCUGGCGGUGAUGCUGCUCUACGGACCUCUUUACGGAGCACUGGACGAGCAGCGGGGCACUCAGUACAUCCUGUUCUCCAUUUUCUGCGCCAUGCUGGUGCCGCUGGGAUACCACCUGUCGCGCUGCGCCAGCGACUUCAGCCACCUGUGGCGGCUGAUCAAGACGUGCAUCGUGAGCACCUACCGGGACGACGAGGAGGAGGAGCUCAGCCACGUGGCGGCUGUGACGGGUCCUGCCCUCCAGCUGGCAACCAGCACUCCGAAGCAGCGAAGGGUGCCCGACCCGAAGGCGGAGCAGGAGCAGAUCGAGCUCAGCUCGCUGGAGAAGCUGGCCAUCAACGAGGAGCAGCCGGAGCAGGCGGAGGAGCCGGCCCUGGAGCUGGAGCAGGACCAGGUGCUGGAGCAGAAGCCGCACAGCAAGUCGAAGGCCUCCUCGCUGGGCAGCAGCCAGCAGACUCUGGCCAAGACCACCAGCAGCAGCAAGCGAGCCAUCACCGCCUCCAGUUCGUAUGCCUCGAUUGGAGGAGCUGCCGGCGAAGCCAACUCAGAGCAGGCAGUGGCACCGGGAGAGGUGUCGGCGGAAGGAGAAGACCAGCCACCCGGAGAGGAGACCACCAAGCGGGAGCUGGCCGAGGUCUACGACCUGGCAGCCAAGGAAGCCGAGGAGGCGGAGGACAAGAUCUCCAGCUCAUCGGCCACGAAUCCCGGGGACAUAUCCACGCUGACAGCUGGAGCCGGCACAGCCACUACAGAUGCCACACCAGCCUGCCUGGAACCAGAUCCCGACGUGGAGGGUGAGAUAAUCGGAGCCGAGGAGAAGCAUCCGCCGCCAGCUGCGCCAGGAACCGGAAACGGAACCACAGAGCCCAGCGAGAACACCAAUAGCGGCAAUGCUGGGGUCCAUGCCGGCAAUCCCAACGCUAGCGCCACUGGCAACGAUCUGCCCGAUCCUCUGCCGCGGAAACUCCAAGCGACGGUGACCACGCGGCUGAAAAACGACCUGGUAGUGAUGACGCUGCUGGCCGUCAGUGUGCUGGGACUCCAUUGCAGCACGGUGUUCACGGCCCUCCAGCCGGAUCUCAACGUGGUGCUCUACUGCUUCAUCGGGGUGCUGGGACUACUGCUGCACUACGCCGUGCCCCAGAUGCGGAAGCACAUGCCCUGGCUGUGCUUCUCCCGGCCACUGCUCCAGCAGCGGGAAUUCGGGCAGUACGAGGUCCAGACUGCUCCGCAGAUCAUGUGGUUCGAGAAGCUGUACAUUUACCUCAGUGUCCUGGAGCGGAAUGUCCUGUUCCCGCUGCUGGCCAUCUCCUCGCUGACGGCCGACUCCCAGCUGAUUGUGGCCAAGUUCGGCCUGCCCUGGGGCACCCUCAUCGUGGCCAUCUGCGCCCUCAAGUUUGUGAGGAACGCCUACUCGGAUCCCACGAACCAGUACCUGAUAAUCAUCUUCACCGUGCUCCUGUUCCGCAUCGACUUCUCCAUGGCCACGGAGACCUUCAUCAUCGACUACUUCUUUGUCUCUCUAGCCUUCCGCAAGUGCUGUGACUUCCUGCUGAAGCUCCAAUUCAUCGUCACCUACAUCGCCCCCUGGCAGAUCACCUGGGGCUCCGCCUUCCACGCCUUCGCCCAGCCAUUCAGUGUGCCCCACUCGGCCAUGCUGUUCCUGCAGGCCGGCAUCUCCGCGCUGCUCUCCACGCCGCUGAACCCCUUCCUCGGCAGCGCCAUAUUCCUCACCUCGUACGUGCGGCCCAUCAAGUUCUGGGAGCGGGACUACAACACUCGCCGCAUAGAUCACUCCAACACGCGGCUCAGUUCCCAGUUGGAGCGGGACCUGGGUGCGGACGACAACAAUCUGAAUAGCAUUUUCUACGAGCACCUCACCCGGUCCCUGCAGCAUUCCCUGUGCGGCGACCUGCUCAUGGGGCGCUGGGGCAAUGUCAACCAGGGCGAUUGCUUCGUGCUCGCCUCCGACGAUCUCAACUGCCUGGUGCACAUCAUCGAACUGGGCAACGGCCUGUGCACCUUCCAGAUGCGUGGCCUCGAGUUCCGUGGCACCUACUGCCAGCAGCGCGAGGUGGAGGCCAUCACCGAGGACGUGGAGGACAACGACGGCUGCUGCUGUUGCGAUCCCGGCCACUUGCCAAGUCUGCUCAGCGCCAACGCCAUGUUCUCCACCCGAUGGCUGGCCUGGCAGGUGGUGGCCGCCCAGUACGUCAUCGAGGGCUACUCCAUCUCGGACAACCUGGCCAGUGCCACGCUGCAGGUGUUCGAGUACCGCAAGGUCCUCAUCACCUACUACAUCAAGAGCAUCAUCUACUACGUGGUGAAGAAUCCCAAGCUGGAGCAGUGGCUGUCGUCCGGCCCCAUCCAGGAAGCCCUGCAGCACACCCUGGGCAGGCAGUUCGUCGACCUGGAUCCCAUUUUCAACUUCAACCUGGACGAGGACUUUGAUUUCCGGGCCGUGGGCAUAACUCGGGCCAGCUUCUGCUACGUCUACCUCAAGUGGAUCAACUACUGCGUGGAUAUGCGUCGGGAUGUGGCUGGAACAGGAGUUCCCCAUCCAGGGGUUCCCCAGAGUGGCGCCUCGUCGGCACCGGCCACGGCAGCAGCAACGGCAGCUCCGCCUCCGCCAGUGACCCCAGCUCACAAUGAUUCCAAGAGCACCCCGAAUCUGUCGGCCCACGGCAGCUCCUCGGGCCAGCCUGCCGGCCAGUCCAAGUCGCAGUCGCAGCAGCAGUUGCGUCGACCUCAGAGGACUGUGAACCAGGAAGGAUCCGGUGUCGGAGGAGGAGCUGGCGGCAGCAACGGCGGGCCUGGCGUGGGCGUCAGUGGAGGAGGAGCCAGCGCGGGAGGCGCUGCGGGAGCGAACUCCGGAGGCGGCGAGGCCCAGAUGAGCAGUUCCCACAGCUUCGCCAACAUCUCACGCCAGACCUCGGAGAGUGCGCCCGGCCUGGGCGGCUAUGUGACCUACAUGGACCAGAAUGUGUUCGUGAAGCUGGCCAAGAGCAGCACCACCACCACCGCUACUUCGGCCGGAGCUGGAGCAACGUCCGGAAUAAAUCGGCAGCGCGAGAACCUCCAGGAGAAGCCCACCCUGCGCCUCAAGCUGGCCAGCGUGGGCAAGGAUGCGCCCCUGGUCUCGCUUUGCCUGGCAUUGGCGCUCCUGGCCCGGCGCUCCCUGGCCACCGCCUCGCACAGUUCCCUCACCGGCGUGGAGUUCUUCCUGCACGGGCUGCAUGCCCUUUUCAAGGGCGACUUCCGGAUCACCUCUCCCCGCGACGAGUGGGUCUUCGCGGACAUGGAACUGCUGCACUCGGUGGUGGCGCCGGCUGUUAAGAUGGCCCUCAAGUUGCAGCAGGACCACAUAACCAAUCCGGACGAGUUCCUCGACCCGCACGCCCUGUACGAGGCCAUCGACAACUGUUCCAAGGAGCUGGUCAUCUCCCACGAGGCGGAUCCAGUGUGGCGCAGUGCCGUGCUGCGCGGAGCUCCCAAUCUUCUGGCCCUGCGCCACGUCAUGGAGGAUGGAUCGGACGAAUACCGCAUCAUCCGUCUGACCAAGCGCUUCCUCAGCUUCCGGGUCAUCAAGCUGAACCGGGAGUGCGUCCGGGGACUGUGGGCUGGGCAGCAGCAGGAGCUGAUCUACCUGCGCAACCGGAACCCAGAGCGGGGAAGCAUCCAGAACGCCAAGCAGGCGCUGCGUAACAUCAUCAACUCCAGCUGCGAUCAACCGAUCGGCUAUCCCAUCUACGUGUCGCCCCUGACGACCUCGUACGCGGACACCAACGCCCAGCUCUGCCAGGUGAUCGGUGGGGCCAUCACGCUGGACACCAUCAGGAACACUGUGCUCGGGUGGUGGCACCGCAUCCGGGAGCGUUGCCGGCAGGGCUGCAGCUCCGGCUCGGCGCUGGAACACCCGCCGGGACUGGGGCCCGUCCAACUGGGUGCCUGUAACUUCGGCAGUGGAGGAAGCGUCGUCGGCGCCGGAUCCACGGCGACUGGAGUGGGCGCCUCGGCGGGAUCGGGACUGGGCGUGGCGGCGGCACCAGGGACGGCCAGCAGCACGGGCGGCGAGUCCGGGGAUCUGGCUCCGGUAUUUAUAUCAGCUCCACUCUACAACACUCUCACCGUAAACAGUUACUACAGCGUCCGCUCCGGCAAUGUGCCCGGCGGAGCCAUUCCGGCCAACCUGGGCGGUAACUAUGUGAGCGACAGCCUGGCGGUGGUCCGCGGCGGUCUGGCGGUGAUGCCGGUGAAGCCCACGUCCACCACGCUGAUAGCCGGGCUGCUGAACAGGGAGCGGGAUCAGGAGUCCUCUUCCAUCUCGGGCAUCUCGGCGGCAGGAGGAACAAGCGGAGCCGGCAUUGGCAUGGGCGUGGCUGGAGGUAUGGGUCCGACCAGGGCCACCAGCAGCAGCGGUGUGCGAAGUCGGAGCCAGCAGGUGCCGCUGGGGCAGUUGGGCAGCAACCGAGGACGGGAUCACGAGCGGCGAGCCACGCUGCCGAUAGCCAGUGGCGGAGCGGGUGGCGGCGAUGCCGGCAAGGAGCUGGUGGCGCCACAGUCCCAGACCGAAAACGAGCCCAGUCCGCGCAGCAACAAGCUCUCCAGCUCGUCCGGCAGCCUGGGCCUGGGCAUGGGCGUGAGCAUCGGGAACAUCAUCACCACACCGGGCGACUAUCCGCGGAAGACCAAGGGACCCAUUUGCCUGACCACCGAGGCGGGCAUCAGCAUAGGAACGGCCGGAGGAGGUGGAGGAUCCGUGGCCAGCAGUGUCAGCAGGAAGCCGCGCAUCGAGAUCCUCAAGAAGGUCAUCAUAGUGGACGAUACAGGGAUCUACGACUGCCUGGACAUCAUCGACGCCGUGGUCUGGCCCAGCGAAAGGAUGCGGAACAAUGGCGGCCGGCUGUCGUGGAAGGACUGGGAACCGAGUGCCGGAAUGGUGGGUAACGUGGUCCACUGCUGGACGCCGAAUCACAAGGACAAGCGCUUCCGCUCCCACGUCAAUCGCUGUGUCUACCUCGUCGAGAUCGGGGAGCGCUAUGUGCCGGUCGAGGAGCUGGGCCUGCGGGAGUACAACCAGAUCAUGGGCAGCAACGAGGAUCUGGCCAAUGCGCGCCUCAGCAGCAUCCAGCGCAACUUCCACGAGUACAACAAGUCGCUGAAUCUACCAGAACCCUCGAAAGUCCAUCACCACAAGGCCAAGAUCCGGGCGGUGAGCAGCAGCAGUUCCGAGGAUGACGACAAGGAUGGAGCGGACACGGCUGACUUGCCACUGCCCUCCCUGGACCUGAUGAACUUCAACACGCUGGUGAGCAUGUGGAAGGUGAUAGCGGACAAGAACAAGCGGGGCUACGGCGGCGGGGAGUUCAAUGAGCUGGCGCCGGAGCUGCUCCAGAAGCUGGAUGAGGCGGCCACAGCGCAGAUUCAGGCCAACGCGAAGGAGGCGGAAGCUGCAAAGGAGGCGGCAGCUGCUAGGGAAGUGGAGGCUGAAGAUGACGAUGCGGCCAAGAAGGAUGAGCCGGACAAGAAGGAGGAACCACAGCAGGAGUCAGUCCAGGAUGCGGAGAACGAAGAAGAAAAAGCGGAUGAAACUGAAACGGAAACCGAAGUGGAAACAGAAACGGAGAGCAAGAAUGAAGGCCAGGACGAGGAGGCGUUGGAGGAGGUCACAGUUACCAGUCCCGAGGAGCAGCCAGCCACGCCUCCGCCCAGUCCGGUGGCCAUGGAGCACAGUACCACCUCGAACUCCACCACCAGCUCGCCCUCCCUGAGCCACAAGGAGGAGCUGGCGGAAGAUGAUGAAGAAGACGAGCCGGAAGUUGAUAAGCCAGAGACGGAAAACGCUCCGGAGAAGGAAGACGACGAGACUGGGACGACGGUUUAAGGACAAAGGAAAGAUGAUCCCGGAGAAAGGACUUGCAUUUUUCGUGUCUGCCAAGCAGACGCCGACGUUAGGCACACCCCGACGGCAGAAGGACACCACCUUGUUUUUAAAAUACAUAUCAGCAAAGGGCAGAUAGGAUGGACUCUGCUCCGGGCUUCCCGUACUACAGGAUGCAUUGUGUGUCCUUUUGCCAGGGCUAAGUGGGUGUUUCAGUCAAAAGACAACAAAACAAACAAAACAAAACAAAACAAAACAAUUGCAACAAACAACAAAUGAGAACACUUCCAAGAAAUCAAAGUAAUGUUUAUAAAACGACUGCGUUUAGUGUAUGCCUAGGGAAUAGGACGAAAAAAAAAAAACUACUAUAAUUCAAAAAAGGAUUAAAAAAAAAAAAACAAAAAUAUAUAUUACAUUUUUAGUAUUAAUGAAACAAGUUAUAGAUCAUACUCAAUAUAUAGGACAAAAACAAAAAACAAAAAAGAGAGCGCAAAUCGUGGAGAGGUUAAGGAGUAUAUAUAUUAAAAAUAUUUAACUAAUUGUUGUAACUUGCGAUGAAAGCGUGUAAAAUAGGAAAGCGGAAAGCGGAAAACCAAAAUGCUUCUCAACAUUACCUAUUUUGUUCUUUUCCUCCUGCUAGCCAAUAGUUGCUAGGACUUGUAAGCGAACCUAAACAAAGAAUUUAUACAACUCUAUAUAUGAUACAUAAACUAAAAACAAACAAACAAACAAACAAAACAUAUAUGCAUAAAUGUGUAAACACUAAUAAUAGACUUAAAGUUAGUUUAACGUUUAAAAUUUCGAGUUAAAGCCCCCAUACAUACCAAAAUUGAUUGUUAAAGUCCCAUGCCCUUGGCUCCCAAUAAGGAUAAUCCAGCAAUUAAUGAAUUAAAAACUAUACCUAAAGGA